GGGUCCCUGGCCUGGGGAGGGUUCCGGGGACCGGACGUCGGGGUUCUUAGAAGGGGAGAUGAGUUUUCACCGUAACUGGGGCUCAUGCAGGAAGCCCGAGGGAGUAGGAGGCGGAAACUUAGCCACAUCAAGGAGCCGAGGGAGGGGUGGGGAGGUGAAGGGGCGGGUGAGGAAGGGGCUGGGGUGUGGGGGUCUGAGACUCCCUCUUCUGUCCCUUCCAAGAUCUGGCCAUAGGCAUGAGGGGCCUCCGGCCGAGAUGAUAGUGCUGGCGCCAGCCUGGAGCCCAACUACCUCCCUGCUGCUGCUGCUACUGCUCAGCCCUGGCCUCCGCGGGUCCCCCGACUGUUCCUUCAGCCACAGCCCCAUCUCCUCCACCUUCAAGGUCACCAUCCGAAAGCUGUCUGAUUACCUGCUUCAGGAUUACCCAGUCACUGUCGCCGCCAACCUACAGGACGACGAGCUCUGUGGGCCAUUCUGGCACCUGGUCCUGGCCCAGCGCUGGAUGGGUCGGCUCAAGGCUGUGGCUGGGUCCCAGAUGCAAAGCCUGCUGGAGGCGGUCAACACCGAGAUACAUUUUGUCACCUUGUGUGCCUUCCAGCCCCUCCCCAGCUGUCUUCGAUUCGUCCAGACCAACAUCUCCCACCUCCUGCAGGACACCUCCGAGCAGCUGGCGGCCUUGAAGCCCUGGAUCACCCGCAGGAAUUUCUCGGGGUGCCUGGAGCUACAGUGUCAGCCCGCAGACUCCUCCACCACCCCACUGCCCCCAAGGAGCCCCAGGGCCUUGGAGGCCACAGCCCUGCCAGCCCCUCAGGCCCCUCUGCUGCUCCUCCUGCUGCUGUUGCCCUUGGCUCUCUUGCUGAUGUCCGCUGCCUGGUGCCUGCACUGGCGAAGGAGGAGAUGGAGAACGCCCUACCCCAGGGAGCAGAGGCUGAAACCAAGGCACAGAGAAAGGAAGACACUGAGGCCCAGAGAGAGGAAUCACCUGCCCGAGGACACAGAGCCGGGACUCGGAGAAAGUCAGCUAGAGACUGGUUCCUUCCUCGACCACGCUGCCCCGCUCACUCUCCCCCCAGGAUGGAGGCAACGCCAGCCCCCAACGCCAGCCCCAGACCCACCUAUCCCCCUCUGUACAAAGUCCUUGUCCCCAGGAAAUUGUAUAUAAAUCAUCCUUUUCUACCAGCUCUGGCCAGGCCUGUCUGUAGGUGGGACAUGGUGUGGACGGGGCAGUUUGCGUGCGAGUCUCGGUUUUUCGGUUAACGCAAUGCUUCAUUCAGUAGCCGUUUUCUGACGCCUCCUGGGGCCCAGAGCCAGUGCAUGGCACUGCGGGGACCCAGAUGCGAGUCAGAACCCACCCAGCCCCCUCAGGGCUCCUGAUCUAUGGGGGAGAAGACACGGGACCCCUCUGGGGUCAGUACAGCGUGACACGUUCUGAUGGCAGGAGAACAGGCACUGUGGGAGCCCAGAGGAGGUACCCGGCCCAGCCCCAGAUACCGGGGACGCUCUCUGGAGGAAAGGACCCCAGCCAAAAAGCACUGGGAUUGUGACAUGCCAGAUAUUAGAAGGUGGGGCUGGAGAGGAGGACAUCGCAGGUAAGGGACGCAGCAGAAGCCAUCUGGAGUCAUUCCCUCACACACUCUCAGAUCGCAUAGGGAAAACGACUUCCACCUGUUUUACAGAUGAGGACGUUGAGGUCUAGACAGGCCAGGGGUUUGGCCAGGUCAUAAGGAGGCACACCAGGCACCGGACCCAGACCUACCCGGUCUAGACUGGGCCCUGAACAGAAAGCCUCGUUGCCCUCUGCGGGCCACCACGUGCCCUGCAGCCUGCGCUCGCUUUAGCGGGCGAGCCCCCGCCCUAGAGGGAGAUUAGCGGCCCCUCAAAAAUAUGGCGGCCGAGGCUGGCCAGCCCCGCCCCAGCUGAGCCGUCCUACCCCCACGUGAUCUCUCGCCCCUCACAGCAAUGGCUAUCUAAGCGCAGGCGAGAAGAAUUGGACCC